UUACCGCGGACUGAAAGUCAUGUACUUAUACAUGUCCAUGUAUGAGGUGAAAGUCCAACUCGAUGACACACCCACAGAGCUAACUUAAAGAACAGAAAGUGAAACUUGAAGUCAGAGAGAAAACAACUCCACUGACGAGCCGCUAGUCUUGAACAGCAUCCCCCUUGAUAAAAAAACAUGAUGUCGCUGCCGUUCUUUGGCUGGGAGGUGACCUAUGACGAUGACUCUCCUCGUGUGGAGCUGGGGGCGUCUCAGGAGCCCAAAGACCGCGGUGUCUACACCAUGUUCCAUGGCACCAGCGUUGCCAAUGCACGGCUCAUCAUUGCCAAUGGCUUUCGGCAGUCAUCGGGUGGCAUGCUGGGACCGGGCGUGUAUGUCAGUCGUGAUAAGACAAAAGCUGCACGUUAUCCAUUGCGUAAUAACGCUUCAGACCGCGUGGUCCUUGAGUUACGCGUGCAUCUGGGCCGUGUCAAGCGUAUUGACAAGGACAACCACCCCAUGCAGUACACCUGGAACACGCAGGGCUAUGACACUGCUUGGGUGCCCCCGAAUUGUGGCAUGGUAGCCGUGCCCAGUGGCCUAGAGGAGGAUUGUGUGUUUGACCCCAAAAGAGUAAAGGUCACAGGCAUUGCACAGGCACCAGACACCCUACUGGCAGAGCUUAAGCAGCUUGUAGCUAAUAGUCUAAAAAAUGGAGUCGUCGUGGGUGCUGCACGUGCGUGUUCAGUGUGUAAGAGGAAGACUAAGCAGGGUUCUCCACACAUCAAGCAACCGUGUUGGGGCUGUGGGCAAAACAUCUGCGCUCUCAUGACCAAGCAUGUCUGUCCUGGCGUCUGAGAGCGUGUUAAGUGCCUGGAAAACAGAUGGAACGAAGCUCAGGUUGUAAUCAUACUUAUGAAACAUGAUCAAAGUUUCUACUUUUCCUCCCGCUGUGUUAUCUCUGUACGUUAUCUGCGGAGUCCUUUUGUAUGAAUUGACGUACCGUUCAUACUGAAGUUCACUAUAAUGAUGUACUCCAUUCUCGUUGUAUUGACUGAUCAGCAUGCGUCAGGGUGCAAUCGAGAUGAGACUAUCUUUUUGUUUUUGAGCAAGAUGCCUUUAUUGAAGUCCAUUUUGAAAUAAUAUGUGAUAAAGCUCAACAUUUUGAUUUGCUGAGUUGAUGCUUUCCUGAACACUGUAUAACGUAAAACCAAAGAAUCAUUUAAUGCCAAUAAAUAUGAUGAUAUCAGA